AUGCUGGACUUGUAUAAUACCCAGGCAGCCAACGACGGUGUUAUCAAAUCGCCAAACCCUAACAAAGUUAGCACAGUCCGAAGCUUUCCCGACAAAGAUCGGAAACAUCACUUUCAUUUUUACUUCAAUAUCACUGACAGCAUGCCUUCUACUGAGUCGGUAGUAGAAGCAGAAUUUCACUUGUACAAGAUGAAACCUAAAGAAACAGUGAAAGGGAAGUCUGAUGACAUCAAAUCCCAUCUGCUUCCAAAAAUUGUACCAACAUUUCAAGAGGGUACGCAAAAGUGGCAUCUCCGUGUAUACCAGGUAAUGCAAACCUCGAACAUGAACGAAGAAAACAACCGACUACUGGACAUUCGAAGCGUCAGUAUUCACUCUGUGGGCUGGGAAGUGUUUUACGUCAAGCCUGCCAUAAUGGACUGGUUGAAUGACCCUCAAAAAAACCUUGAUUUCAAGGGUUAUGACUUUCCUGAAAUGCCCAAACACAACCCUUCUCCCAGUAAUUAUCAAGAUUUGGUUCCAAGUCUUGAUCAUAGUAUGCACCCUCAGGAAAGCGAAAAUUCCAUAGCAAGAGUCAGGAGAUCGACAGAAUACCAAGAAGAUCUACUCAAUGAGACCUCACCAGUUACCAACCAGUCUUUAGAUUGCAAUCGUUUUGAGAUGUACGUGAACUUUGAGCAAAUCGGUUGGUCAGAUUGGAUCAUCUUUCCAAAAGGCUACAGCGCUUUCUACUGUAAAGGUGGCUGUAAUUUUCCUAUUCGUCAAAAUGAAUACUCUUCUAAUCACGCCGCUGUUCAGAGCAUUGUUAACACAUUGAAAUUAGUUGAAGGUGUGCCCAAACCUUCUUGUGUGCCUAACAAAUUGAGUCCUUUUCUAUUACUGUAUCGAGACGAUGGCGGCAACUUUGUGCUCAAACAGUACGCUAACAUGGUGGCAGAUAGUUGUAGCUGUCAAUGA